UUUCCUUCAUGCUCUCGACUGCUUCCCAUUCCUUCAUGGAAUAUGGCACCCGUCGAUGAUGAGAGCAGCGUGACCAUGCCCAGCUAUUCAACCCGAUUAGAUAAAGCUCAGAUCCUCCUCGAAGCCGACGAGUUCGUGACCAAACACAAUCUGCACGAUGCCCGAGACCUGAUCAGAAAGGGCGCUCUGUUAUUUUAUGAUCUCCACGAUUACACACGCGUUGAAGACCUGACCGAGGACGAGAUAGCCGCAUUGCACAAUGGCAAAGAGAACGCAGGCUCAUCAACGGCCUGGGCGUUCUGCGGUCUGGCAGGACUACUCUAGUCAGUCACUUUACGGGCAUAUAUCAUUGAGGGCUUGUCUGACAAUCGGUUAUUUGAUAGUGCCCUAUUGGGGUUGUCACUUCGCAUGGAUGACUAUUCUAACUUCUGGAACCCUAGCCACAAGUAUCGCUAUGGGUAAGACUGC